AUUUUAUGAAUAGCACAAAAGUGUAGCUCUUUUUACUUUAAAUAAUAAAUAUUUCCUUUUUCUCUCUUUCUUUUUAAUCAUGUCGUCGUUGGAAAGAGAAAUCUUUAAAAAGCCCCAAUUACCCUUGGAAUCAAUAAGAGCAGAUGAAGGAAGCUUUAAUAAUAUUCCAUCAUCACAGCGUCAGCGUUCUUCUUCUCAAAAAUACAGUCCAAAUGAAUGGCAAGAUUACUUUGAUGAAUCCAUCAAUUUGAACAUAUCAGGAACCAAUGACGUGUUUCGCAUAUACAAGAGUGACCCAGUUAAGCCAGACGGGCCCUUAUUUCUUAUGCAUCAUGGGGCAGGAUCUUCCGGUCUUUCGUUUGGAUGGGUAGCAAAGCAUAUCAAGGAGCUUACCCAAGGCGAGUAUGGCGUGAUAGCUAUCGACUGUAGAGGACAUGGUGCGACCAAGACUGAAGAUGAAUUGGAUUUUUCAUUGGAACGUAUGUCGACUGAUUUAAUAGCUAUCAUCCGAGAUAUUGUGAAAGAUAAUCAGGACAUUGUUCUGGUUGGUCAUAGUAUGGGUGGAUCAGUCGUAGUCAAUGUGGCUCAUAAGCGAGUGUUCAAGAACAUCAUGGGUGUCACGGUGAUUGAUGUGGUCGAAGGAUCAGCCAUGGAUGCAUUAUCUUCCAUGACUAGAAUCUUAAAUUCAAGACCAAAGCAAUUUAAUACAUAUGAGCAAGCGGUUCAAUGGAGUAUUCAAUCAAAUACCUUGAUGAACCUAGCAUCUGCCAAACUCUCUAUCCCUCCUUUACUUACAUCAACCGAUAAUAAACUUAAAUGGAUCACAGAUCUCUCAAAGACACAACCUUACUGGUCUGAAUGGUUUACAGGUCUAAGCGAAAAAUUUCUAAACUCUGGUACGGCCAAACUGUUGAUACUGGCAGGAACAGAUAGACUGGAUAAACCACUAAUUAUUGGACAAAUGCAAGGUAAAUUCCAACUAGAGAUAUUUACAGAUUCAGGUCAUUUUGUCCAAGAGGACGUACCUAUGAAAACGGCUACAUGUUUGAUAGAAUUUUUCAGACGAAACCGUCGUUUGAUCUUACCUCCCAAAGUGUUUAGUAAAUAAAUAAGAGAAAAAAAAAAUUUUCAUGCAAACUA